AUGAUUUGCACGCUCCGAUUCAAGCAACAACUUCUGUCGAGAUGCUUGUCGUCAUUAUUUGUUUUCUCUGAGGAUCAAAGUAAUACAAUUCUGGCACCAGAAACUCUUCCAAAUCUCUUCUUAGGACUUUCAGCCCGCCACGAAAUUUGCUUGCUCAUCGGCUGGAACCCACAGGAAUCUUCAUCGACCCUAUAUUACGAAAAUGACGGGAGUUCGCAACAAUCCGCAUUUGAAAGUACCAUUGAAAAGAUGCAAGAAAGCUCAGCUCAUCGUUACGAUUCAAUGCCAACCUAUUUUGGUUAUUAUCCGAUGACCAGCAUCGAAUGCAAACUCAUCAAGUCGAUUCUCAGCAAUAUUACUGGGAUGAGAUUGGUUGCUCGCUACAAAGUUCGCCAACUCAUCGGUUUCAAUCACUCAACCCACUUCGCUUCUACUAAUGAUUUUGUGCCUCACUUUGAUGGAUUCAAAAUCUUCCUUUCCGUAUCAAAUCUUAAUUGCUAUAUCCUGGUAUUGCUUCCACUACUGAAAAUUGAAAGUUUUCCGUCUCGUCGCACAUGCCGUUUUCUGAGAAGACAUAGAAGAUUGUUGCAAGGACUCAAUGGAGGAUUUGAACGGAGAAGAGGGCAAAAAGAAAGAGGCAGAGACACAUCGAGGAAUUUAAAGAACGGCAACAAAGAGGCACGAGGAAGUUAA